GCCGUCUCAAGGUCCCGCAGUAACUAGGGCUUAAAGAGACUCUUGGGGCCCUCUCCCACAUCCUCACUGUGAUUGUUGAUCCCUUGUCGGUACUGACAUCGUUGCCACUAGCUCUACUGCCAUCAUGCCAUUAUUGCCACUUCGACUGGCGGUUGUGUGCUCCAGUAACCAGAACCGCAGUAUGGAGGCCCACAAUAUCCUCCUUAAACGGGGAUUCAGUGUCAGAUCCUUUGGGUCCGGCAGCCGCGUGAAACUCCCAGGGCCAGCGCCAGACAAGCCAAAUAUUUAUGACUUCAAGACGACUUAUGAUCAGAUUUACAAUGAUCUCCUCAGGAAGGACAAGAAGCUCUACACCCAGAAUGGGAUUCUGCAUAUGUUGAACAGAAACAAGAGGAUCAAGCCCGGGCCAGAACGAUUCCAGAAUUGCAAAGAUUUGUUUGACCUCAUCCUUACCUGUGAAGAAAAAGUCUAUGACCAGGUAGUAGAAUAUCUAACUUCCAGAGAGCAAGAGACCUACCAACCGGUUCAUGUGGUGAAUGUGGAUAUAAAAGAUGACCAGGAGGAAGCCAUCCUAGGAGCCUUUCUCAUUUGUGAACUCUGUCAGUGUAUACAGCUCACAGAAGAUAUGGAAAAUGAGAUCGAUGAGCUCUUGCAGGAGUUUGAGGAGAAGAGCAACAAGACCUUCCUUCACACUGUCUGCUUUUACUGAUGCCAGUUUUCCAGGCCAUCAACUUAUAUUUUGUCAGAAGGAGGAAGUAUUAAGCUGUAUAUAAGAAGACGAGAGAGCUAUUUAAAAGACAGAUGAACAAAAUGUCUUAUCCCACUUUCCCUUAUUCAGUGGGAUGCUAAUUAUGUUAGGUAUUUUCCUUUAAUAAAAUUUAUAGUGUAUUUUCUCAACUUA